AAUGGCGACUUCUCAGCGUGUUGUCAUUAUCGGUGCCGGAAUCGUCGGCACCAACCUGGCCGAUGAGCUGGUCUCACGAGGAUGGAAGGACAUCACCGUUGUCGAGCAGGGCCCUCUGAGUAUGCCGGGUGGUUCAACAUCACAUGCCCCCGGCCUGGUCUUCCAAACGAACCCUUCGAAAACAAUGACACUGCUCGCAAAAUACACAGUCGAAAAGCUAUCAGCCCUGGAGAAGGAUGGACAGAACUGCUUCAACCAAUUGGGUGGCCUGGAAGUUGCGACUACACCCGAGCGUUUGGAAGAGCUCAAGCGCAAGCAUGGAUAUGCACAGUCUUGGGGCAUAGAGGCCCGCUUGAUCACUCCUGAAGAGUGCCUUGAGAAGUAUCCUCUUCUGAACAAGGACAUUGUCCUUGGUGGUCUACACAUUCCAAGCGACGGCCUCGCAUUGGCAGCUCGCGCAACACAAAUUCUCAUUGAGAAUACACGCAAUGCCGGCGUCAAGUACCUUGAACAUACUCUAGUUACGGGUAUCGAGCAAGCAAAUGGUCAAGUAACCGGUGUUACAACAAACAACGGUUCAAUCCCAGCAGACAUAGUCGUUUCAUGCGCAGGAUUUUGGGGUGUAGAGAUUGGCGCUAUGAUCGGUCUCAAGGUCCCGCUCCUUCCUCUCGGCCACCAGUACGCAAAGACAACACCUGUUCCCGGUCUCGAGAACCGUGAAGUCAACAGAAAGAUCAAUGCCAUGAACGCUGAAUACCCGAUUCUGCGACACCAAGACCAGGACCUAUACUAUCGAGAGCAUGGAGAGCAAUUUGGCAUUGGCUACUACGGCCAUCGCCCAAUGCCUGUCAAAGCUUCUGAGUUGGGUGUCACUCCUAAGCAUGUCGAUGAGAAGAGUAUGCCAUCUCGACUAGACUUUACGCCUGAGGACUUUGAGCCAGCUUGGCAAGCCACCAAAGAAUUACUUCCCGCUCUGCGCCAGACUGAGAUCGUAGACGGUUUCAACGGAAUCUUUUCUUUCACACCUGAUGGCGGAUCUGUGGUUGGACAAGCUCCUAACCUUGACAACUUCUGGGUCGCCGAAGCUGUUUGGGUCACCCACUCGGCUGGCGUGGCUCGGGCUGUUGCAGAGACAUUAACAGAGGGUCGCUCAACUGUCGACAUCUCCGAGUGUGAGCUAACACGUUUUGAAGAAGUUCAGCUUAGCCCAGAGUACGUUAGCGAAACUUCGCAGCAGAACUUUGUUGAGAUUUACGACAUUAUCCACCCUCUCGCACCAAAAGAGAGCCCUCGAAACCUCCGAGUUAGCCCUUUCUACGCCCGACAGAAGGAACAGGGAGCGUUCUUCCUCGAAAUUGGAGGUUGGGAGCGUCCACACUGGUAUGAGGCGAACGCUGGAUUGGUACAAACUUUGCCAGACGAGUGGAAGCCAGUCGACCGCGACGCCUGGUCAUCCAAGUUCUAUUCGCCAAUUGCUGCCGCCGAAGCGUGGAAGACACGAAAUGCUGUAGCAUUAUAUGAUAUGACGACCUUUCACCGUUUCGAGGUAUCUGGACCUGGUGCAGUUCACCUGCUCCAAAGACUUAUAACUAGCGACGUCUCCGCACAACCUGGCAGUAUCGUUCAUACCUUGCUCGUUAACGCUCAUGGCGGUGUCUUGAGCGACCUUUUUGUAUCCAGGAUUGAAGAAGAUCUAUUCCAGGUGGGCGCCAACACUGCGACCGACCUUGCAUACCUCAUACGUGAGGGUCGCCGUCAGGAAAAGCACACACCCGGCAAAUGGGUUCAAGUGCGAGACAUUACAGGCAGCACCUGUUGUCUUGGUCUUUGGGGCCCCAGGGCUCGAGAUGUCAUUCAAACAAUCAGCUCAGAUGACUUCAGCAACAAAGGGCUACCUUAUAUGGGAGUCAAGAAGACCAGCAUAGCAGGCAUUCCUGUCACUAUGUUCCGGAAGUCUUUUGUAGGAGAGUAUGGAUGGGAGAUCCAGACCACGCCUGACUUUGGUCUGCGUCUUUGGGAUCUGUUGUGGCAGGCAGGCAGGCCUCAUGGACUCAUCGCCGCCGGCCGCGCGGCGUUCAAUGGUCUACGAAUCGAGAAGGGCAUCCGAGCGUCAGGAUCCGAUAUGAAUUCUGAACACAACCCUUGGGAAGCUGGAGUAACAUAUGCGAUACAGCUGGAUAAGAAGGCAGAAUACGUCGGAAAAUCUGCUUUGGAGAGACUUUCGAAGAAGGCUGCUCCUCGUCGGCUCAAGUGUCUUACCGUUGACGAUGGUCGAUCAAUGGUGCUGGGCAAAGAGCCAGUCUUUGUCGAGGGUCAAAGAGCUGGCUAUGUCACUAGUGCAGCUUUCGGUUACACUGUCCGGAAGCCUGUGGCAUACGCAUGGCUUCCAAGCAACAUUAGUGAAGGAGCGUCAGUGGAGAUCGAGUACUUUGGCAAGAAGAUCAAAGCCACAGUGACUCGCGAUCCCUUGCAUGAUCCACAAGAGCGCCGUCUGCGUGGUGAAGGAUCAACAGCUCAGCCUGAGCUACAGAAGAGGGUGCUACCUGUUUUGAAAGAGCAGACCACUACUGGAGGCCUCAAACUGACAAAGAUCAUCAACACACAUCAUCACGAUGAUCAUGCCGGAGGCAACACUGAAAUCCUUGAAGCUUUCAACGUGCCGGUAAUUGGCGGACGCGACUGCAAAAAAGUCUCAACCACGCCUGGCCAUAACGACACCUUCAACCUUGGCUCCAUCAACGUCAAGGCACUACACACACCAUGCCAUACCCAAGACAGCAUCUGCUUCUACUUCGAAGACGGCAACGACCGUGCUGUCUUCACAGGAGACACACUGUUCAUCGGCGGAUGCGGCCGCUUCUUCGAAGGAACCCCUGAACAAAUGUACAAAGCCUUGAAUGAAACACUUGCCGCCCUCCCAGAUGACACCAAAGUCUUCCCCGGACACGAGUACACAAAGGGUAACGUAAAAUUUGCCAAGACUGUGCUUAACAACGAUGCCAUCAAGAAGCUUGACACCUUUUCGCAAGAGAACAAGGAGACGCAGGGCAAAUUUACGAUUGGCGAUGAGAAACAGCAUAAUGUUUUCAUGCGUGUUACGGACCCGGAGCUUCAGAAGGUUACUGGUAAGACGGCGCCGGUUGAUGUUAUGGGGGCGCUUCGGGCGUUGAAGGAUAAGUCGUAGUGAUCUGGCAGGGGCGAGCAAACAAUGUGUAUGCUCAAAUCUUCAAUGUGUAUGCAAAAUGCGAAGAAAACAAAUUCCAGAAGAGAAAUGUAGAUAUGUAAGAGUGCGAGAUUGAUGGUAAUCUUUGGCCGACUUAUCAUGUGCAUUUCCGACUUCCUGUAUCACCCCGAGGACUUGCAUGUAAAUGCGAUCUGAGAUGCUAAAGAAGUAAACACAAUUCAAGCGGGAUUGAGCAGCAAGCCAUAGUCUGAAAUUAUGAGCAAGAGGGAACCCAUCUUAUCUACCGUCUUAAUUCAGCUUGACAGAAAGCCAGCUUCUCUAUACGCUAGAAAAACUCCGCAUUUGGCUAUUCCCCGAGACGAAAGGAUAUAUAUCCAAGCAAGCCUUUUCCAACCGUCCCUUUUACCACCCAGUAGCCUGGCGUAUACCCUUCU